AUGGCCAUUCCUUGCGGUACAGCCAACGAAUCGGCCUAUUCAGCAAACGCUAGGUGCUAUGGUCAAAGCGCGGUGCGGUUCUUUUUCAUGGAAAACUUUAUCAUGCGCACCAGCAACAGCACUUACAGCCAACGGCAGUACAACAUCAGCAUGUUGGAGACGGUGGUGUGGUGCAUGCAGCUGUACCUCGUGCCUUGCAUCGUCGUCGUCGGCGUGUCCGCCGGAGUGACUUGUUUCGUGGUGUUCCUUCGCACGCGACUCCGGAAGAAAUUCUUCACCCAUUUUCUCGUCUGUGUCUGUUUCGGAAGUUGUGGAUUCCUCUCCGUGGUGUUCCUCACGUGGAUGAGCGGCCAGGGACUGAACGUGUACUCCGCCCCGGGUCUGUGCCAGAUGUAUGCCUUCUGCAACCACUUCUUCCCCUUCCUGACGGUGUGGACAAGCGUGCUCGGAGCGUACCUCAUUCUAUGGGAUUCCAUUAAGCCGAGGAGUUUGACUUGGAUGGACAGCGCUGGAAAGGCGAAGCUCAUCGUCAUCAGCAUGGCUCUGUUCGGCUUCACCAUCUAUUCGUACAAGACGUGGACGCACUACGGAGCUCACCACAUCAACCACGACCAGCUGAUCUGUAAGGUGAUUCCGGAGAACGAGGCCAUGAUGGGCAUCAUGAAUAUUCUGGAUAUUGUGUUCCUCACGGUCGUACCUUCGGUCCUGUUCUUGGUCUUCGACAUCAUCCUCGUGGGCACCAAGCUGUACGGACGCGGAAAGGUAAGGCUGCAGAACUGUUCCCCGCGGCACCGGGAGGUGCUCAAGAUGGUCGUGGCUCACUCGGUCUGUUUCCACCUGCUGGUGACUCCCCGAGGCAUAUCCAUGCUCGAGUUCAUAAUCAAUCAACGAGCGUAUGAUCGCAGGCCGACGGUGGAAGAGAUCCUUUCAAUUAACCUUUUCCAGUUCUUUUUCUAUGCAUACUUCGCCGUUUUGGCGGUUUUUCCAAUCAUUAUCUCGGAAAAGUUUAGGUAUUACCUUUUUUCCUUGUUUGGCUUUCGACUGCGGAGGACACCUUCAUACUCUGUGCGAACUCGUCAGCUGCCGUUGUUUUUGUAA